AUGUAUGCAUUGCCUACUAGUGCUGACCGUGCCGGUCACCUGUGCGUCCCGCCUGACCCAGGUAUAGGACCUGCUGCUCUAGCUACUGGUGAGGCUGCUGCUCUGGGUGCUAGUGAGUCUCCUGCUCCAGGUACAGGUGCGGCUGCUGCUCUAGGUGCUAGUGAGUCUGCUUCCUCAGGUGCGGGUGAGGCUGCGCUCUCAGGUACCGCGUUGGCUUCGGCCUCCCUCACCUUUACACUUGACUCUGGGGCUUCUCGCUCCUUCUUUCGGGACCGCACCACACUCACGCCGCUUGGUCGGCCGGUUGCUGUCUCCCUGGCUGACCCCUCUGGGGGUCCUGUCCUCGCUCACUUCUCCACUGUCCUCCCGUGUCCGGCUGCCCCCUCGGGCACCCUGUCUGGCCUGUACCUCCCCUCGUUCUCGACGAACUUGGUGAGUGGUGCAGACCUACAGGAUGCGGGGGUUCACCAGUUCACUCCUGCGAGUCAGCGGGUGACCCACUGCACGGACGCACGCACAGGCCGGCACUUGGCCACGUUCUCGCGUCGGCCGGGGUCGAGCCUCUACACCCUGACCACUGAGUCUCCUCCUGUCCCCGCGUCCGGUCAGGUAGCAGCGUCGGGUCAGGUGUUUGCUGCUGCGUCCAGGUCUGGUCCUGAGUCUGCCCCCUGUUCGUGUCGCCUCCUGUCUCACGAGACUCUUCUGUGGCACCACCGUCUAGGCCACCCCUCCUUGCCCCGUCUUCGGGGCAUGGCUUCCCGUGUCCUUGUCUCUGGUCUUCCCCAGUCUCUCCCUCCCCUUCCUUCGGGACCAGGACCUUCCUGUGUCCCCUGUGUCGAGGGGCGCCUCAGGGCUGCUCCUCACUCCUCCCAGUUUCCCCCGACAGAGGCUCCUCUGCAGACGCUUCACAUGGACGUGUGGGGCCCGGCCCCCGUCCGUGGGCAGGGUCACGAGCGCUACUUCCUGUUGGUGGUUGACGACUACUCGCGUUACACCUCAGUCUUCCCCUUGCGCAGCAAGGGUGCUGUCACUGAGGUGCUGAUCGACUGGAUCCGCGAGGCUCGUCUCCAGCUCAGGAGGAGCUUCGGCUCGGACUUUCCUGUUCUGCGUCUGCACUCUGACCGAGGUGGGGAGUUCUCCUCUCGCCUUCUGCGAGACUACUGUCGUGCACAGGGGAUCCGCCAGACCUUUACGCUUCCGGACUCUCCACACCAAAAUGGGAUUGUUGAGCGCCGCAUUGGCAUGGUCAUGGAUGUCGCUCGUACGUCCAUGAUGCAUGCGGCUGCCCCCCAUUUUCUGUGGCCGUUUGCGGUUCGGUACGCGGCGCAUCAGCUCAACCUUCACCCCAGGGUCUCUCGGCCCGCGAUGUCCCCUGUGUUACUGUGGACAGGGAAGGUCGGCGAUGCGUCUGCGUUCCGUGUCUGGGGAUCUCGGGCGUUUGUCCGCGACUUGUCUGCGGACAAGCUAUCCCCCCGUGCUGCUCCCUGUGUCUUCCUUGGCUUCCCCCCUGACGCUCCAGGGUGGCAGUUCUACCACCCCUCCUCUCGUCGUGUUCUGUCCUCCCAGGACGUCACGUUCGACGAGUCAGUCCCCUUCUACCGCCUCUUCCCCUACCGUACUCCUUCCCUCCCCCCCCCACCGGACUUCCUGGUACCAGUUCCCCCCCCGGUAGACCCCCUCCCCCCUCAGGUUCCUGCCCCUUCAGGUGUGUCCCAGGUAGACACGGUCGAGCCAGUCGAGGUUGCUGCUGAGUCUGGUCCUGCUGCGGGUGCUGAGCCUGGGGGUGCUGAGCCUGGGGGUGCGGAGCCUGCGCCUGCUGGACCUGGGGGCUCUCCGGUUCUUCCGUCUCGGCGGGAGCCGCUCUCUCCACAGGAGCUGCGCGAGUGGUUUGCUCGCCGCUGGAGGCGUGCUGCUGGAGCUGGAGCUUCUUCGCCUGCUGAGGGUGCUGCCGGUCCCGGAGCUGCUGGGCCUGCGAGUCCUACUGGAGCUGGAGCUACUGAGUCUGGGGGUGCUGAGUCUGGAGCUGCUGAGCCUGGAGGUGCUGAGUCUGGAGCUGCUGAGCCUGGGGGUGCUACGUCUGGAGCUGCUGUGCCUGGGGGUGCUGAGUCUGGAGCUGCUGAGCCUGGGGUUUCUCCUGCUGCUGCGUCUCGCCGGGAGCCCCUCUCUCCACAGGAGCUGCGCGAGUGGUUUGCUCGCCGCUGGAGGAGUGCUGCUGGAGCUGGAGCAUCGUCGACCGUCGAGGGUGCUGGUGCUGCCGGUCCCGGAGCUGCUGGGCCUGCGGGUCCUACUGGAGCUGGAGCUGCUGAGGGUGUUGGUGCUGAGACUACUGCUGUCUGUCGUGGCGGUGGUUCUGCUGCUGGUGCUGCUGGAGGUCCUGCCGCUGGAGGUGUUGGUGGCGCUGGUGCUGUCGCUGAGGGUGCUGGUGCUGUCCCUGCUGAGUCUGGAGCUGCCGCGCGGCCUCGGCCGUACUUCGUUCCGCUCCUACAGCAGGUUCUUGGUCUUUCUCCUUCGGUAGAGUGUCCACAGCCUGUCCAGUCGCAGUCACUGUUGGAGCCUUCCUCUCCUCUGCCUGCUCCCUCUCAGAACACUGGUCCUACUGAAGGUCUUGCUGAGCGUCGUGAGCCUGCGUCUCGUCCCGCGUCGCCGGUUCGUGCUGCUCGCGCUAUUGGUCGCGGUUCGCGUCAGCGUCCUCCUCUUGUCCCUGGCACGCACCGGAUGUCUCUGCGUCCGUCCACUGCUCCUCUGCGUGCCCCUUUGCCUUCUCCUCCUAAGUCCUCUCUUCCUGCGCUUGCCGACCCUGAGUCGGACUCUCUUCGCGCUGCCAGUCCUACUGUCACGCGUCUGCUUGCUACUGUCGUCACUGACCCCUCUUUUGAGUCCACUGCUGCGUCUGCUCUAGUCGCUGAGCUCGUUGAUUUUGCUGCUCGCUGUCGUCUCGACUACGCUGCUAGUCUUGUUGCUGAGUCUGCGUCUGUCUGUCCUCCGUCCGUCGGGGGUGAGUGUGCUCUUGGCACGGACGUCCUAGAGGACAGGCAGGAGGAGUUACAGUGUCUAGCGGCUGCUUCACCUCAUCUCGCGUCUGUACUGCUUGCCCCUGAGGGAGACCCGGAUGCACUAGACAUCCCGACUCCGCGUUCUUACGCGGAGGCCGUAGAGGGUCCCUACUCCUCUCAGUGGCAGGCAGCUAUGGAUGCAGAGAUGGCUUCCUGGAAGUCCACAGGCACCUACGUUGACGCGGUUUCCCCUCCUGGGGCGAACAUCGUCAGUGGCAUGUGGAUCUUCAGGGUGAAGCGGCCGCCGGGCUCUCCACCUGUCUUCAAGGCAUGGUACGUUGCUCGUGGCUUCAGUCAGCGGCAGGGAGUUGACUACUUUCAGACCUUCUCUCCCACCCCGAAGAUGACCACUCUUCGGGUGCUGCUGCACAUAGCCGCUCAGCGCGACUACGAGCUUCACUCUCUCGACUUCAGCACUGCGUUCCUGCAGGGUAGCCUGCACGAGGAGAUCUGGCUGCGCCGUCCACCUGGCUUCACUGGGACUUUCCCUCCUGGCACCCAGUGGAGCCUCCGACGGCCAGUCUACGGUCUCCGCCAGGAACCGCGUGAGUGGCACGACACACUGAGGACUACGCUUGCGGCUCUUGGGUUUGCUCCUUCUACUGCUGACCCGUCGCUGUUUCUGCGCACCGACACUUCACUGCCGCCGUUCUACAUCCUCGUGUACGUCGACGACUUGGUCUUUGCCACAGCGGACACUGCUGGACUCGCCUACGUGAAGUCCGAACUGCUGAAGAGACACACGUGCACAGACCUGGGUGAACUGCGCAGCUACCUUGGCUUGCAGAUCACUCGGGACAGAGCACGCCGCACCAUUACCUUGACUCAGUCACACAUGGUGCAGCAGGUCCUUCAGCGCUUUGGCUUCACGUACUCCUCGCCUCAGGCCACUCCUCUGCCUACUCGCCACUCACUCUCAGCUCUGCCUUCGGAUGAGUCCGUAGAGUCGAGUGGUCCGUAUGCAGAGCGUGUUGGCUGCCUCAUGUACCUGAUGACCUGCACACGACCUGACCUUGCAUACCCUCUGAGCAUUCUUGCACGCUAUGUUGCUCCUGGGAGACACAGACCAGAGCACAUGGCUGCAGCGAAGAGGGUAUUGCGCUACCUGUGCAGUACGUCGGGCAUGGGGCUAGUGCUUUGA